AUGGUUGAACCAAUUGCUGUCAUUGGCUCUGGAUGUCGCUUCCCCGGGGGUUCUGAUAACCCAAGCAAGCUAUGGUCGAUGAUUGAGAAGCCAAACCACAUAUCGAGCAAACCCCCAUCAUCUCGAUUCGAUAUCGACCCUUUUUACCACCCGGUUGGUGCCCAUCAUGGAACCACCAAUGCAACACACUCCUAUUGGUUGGACGAGUCUGAUCGUACAAGUAUCAACAAGUUCGAUGCUGGAUUCUUUAAUAUCCAGCCCAGCGAGGUCGAUUCCAUGGACCCCCAGCAGCGAAUGUUGAUGGAAGUAGUGUACGACAGUCUCUGCGCUGCAGGUCAGCCCAUGGAUAAGCUGCACGGGUCUGACACAGCUGUAUACGUCGGAAUGAUGUCCGAUGACUGGAACACAAUGGUAACAAGAGAUUACGAGACGUUGCCUCGGUACACUGCUACAGGAUUGGAACGAGGUAUCAUGGCGAACCGAAUCUCUUUUUUUUAUGGGUGGCAUGGGCCAAGUAUGACUCUGGAUACUGCAUGCUCCAGUAGUCUUGUUGCGCUGGACCUCGCCGUGCAGAUCGUGCGCAGUGGCAAGUCUAAGAUGGCCGUGGCGGCAGGGGCCAACUUGAUUCUCAGCCCGGUCAUGUAUAUAUCGGAAAGCAACCUCGGAAUGCUGUCUCCCAACGGUCGGUGUGCCAUGUGGGACUCAGCUGCGGAUGGAUAUGCGCGUGGUGAGGGUGUCGCGUCUGUGAUUGUGAAGACACUGUCGCAGGCUUUGGCUGACAACGACCCAAUCGAGUGCAUUAUUCGUGAGACUGCAGUCAACCAAGAUGGCAGAACUCCAGGCUUGACGAUGCCAAGCAAUCAGGCACAGGCUGCUCUCAUUCGGGAGUGCUAUGCUCGUGCGGGCCUCGACCCUAUCAACAAUCUUCACGACCGUCCUCAGUUUUUCCAUGCUCAUGGAACAGGCACCCAAGCCGGUGAUCCCCAGGAGGCCGAAGCGAUUUCGAGCGCUCUGUUCCCUGCUGGGUCGCAUGCAGUUCAGGCAGCACAGAAGCUGCUCGUCGGUUCAAUCAAGACCGUCAUCGGCCAUACCGAAAGCACAGCAGGGCUAGCAAGCCUUAUUAGCACGUCUCUAGCUUUACAAAAGGGAAUUGUGCCGCCUAAUCUCCAUUUUCAAAACCUGAGCGACAAGGUGGCUCCGUUUUUCGAUCAUCUAGAGAUUCCUACCACAGCAACACCGUGGUCGAUUGGCGAAGGCCAGGUUCGCAGAGCAAGUGUCAACAGUUUCGGAUUUGGUGGCACAAACGCACACUGUAUCCUGGAGGAAUAUGUUCCCGUACGACGGGCGAUUUCCUCUCCAGUUUCCUCUGCUGCCUUCACUCCGCUGGUUUUCUCGGCCGCAUCUGAGCCAGCUCUUCGGAAGUUAAUUUCCCAGCAAGUAGAGUAUCUGAAAACUCAGCCAGAUGUUGCAUUUCCAGAUCUCCUAUAUACCCUGCAACACCGAAGAUCCACACUACCUUACAGGAAACACGUUACAGCUCAAAAUGUCAAUGAUGCCAUUGCCUCGCUAGAGACCUUACUUACUUCGGACAACAAUGACGACAUCACUACAAGGAGUAUCAAUUUGUCGCGACCGGCACGGAUUCUCGGAAUCUUUACUGGUCAAGGCGCUCAAUGGCCACGCAUGGGCGCCCAGCUUCUCAAGAAUUCACCAUUCGUGAUCGCUCGUAUUGCAGAGUUGGACAAUGCUCUUCAAAGUCUCCCAUCUCCAGCAGACCGACCACCAUGGACGAUCCAUGAUCAGUUGCUUGCAGGGAAAGAUACUUCUCGUCUUGCAGAGGCUGCUCUCUCACAGCCACUAUGCUCCGCUGUGCAAAUUGUCCUUGUUGACAUUCUCCGGGCAGCUGGUAUUUCAUUUGCCGCCGUCGUGGGUCACUCCUCUGGAGAAAUCGGCGCUGCGUACGCUGCGGGCUUCUUAACCGCUAAGGAUGCCAUUCGAAUUGCUUAUUAUCGCGGUGUACAUGCAAAGUUAGCCGGGAGCCCCAACCCCCAUGCCCCUCGCGGUGCCAUGAUGGCAGUUGGCACAUCCAUGGAUGAGGCCCGAUCUAUCUGUGCUGAGAGGUUUGAAGGGCGAUUACAGCUUGCCGCGGUCAAUUCCGACUCCAGUGUGACUCUUAGUGGCGACGAGGAUGCUGUGGAUGAAGCUGAAGAGUUCUUCAAGACACAAGGAACGUUCGCUCGUAAGUUAAAGGUCGAUACAGCCUAUCACAGUGCACACAUGUCCAAGUGUGCUAGUUCUUACCUUCACUCACUCGAAAACUGUGGUAUUCAGGCUCUUCAGCCGCCCAAAGACACAACCACAGUCUGGUAUUCGAGCGUUUCGGAAGGCGAGUCUAUGGAUAUUUCGCGUGUCACAAGUCAGUACUGGGUGGACAACAUGUGCAACACUGUUCUCUUUGCUGGUGCCUUAGCCAAGGCUGUCAUGGCUGUUGGCUCUUUUGACCUUGCUAUCGAGGCUGGGCCCCAUCCCGCAUUGAAAGGGCCUGCCACUGCGACCAUAGAUGGAGAGACCAGCGUACCAUACACAGGGUUGUUGUCACGGGGCCAAGAUGAUAUCGUGCAACUUAGUUCAGCACUUGGAUACAUUUGGCAUCAUCUUGGUGCUGAUAGUGUGCAGUUCGCCGCUGUCGAAAAGUUGCUGUCUGGCAAUUCAAACCAGAGAACUGUCUUGACGGACUUGCCUCUUUAUCCCUUUGAGCACCAACGAGAGUACUGGACCAGCAGUCGUAUUGCUAACCACUUCAAGCACCGACGCUCUACUCAUGUGUCAAACCCCGUACUCGGCGCCCCUUGCUCCGAAGCAGCAACACCCGGGGAGUUCCAAUGGCGCAAUAUUCUGCAACAGAGUGAGUUGCCAUGGCUUAGUGGCCAUGCACUGCAGGGGCAAACCGUGUUCCCAGCUACAGGAUACGCUUCCAUGGCCUUAGAAGCGAUCAAAAUUGUGACACUUGAUGCGAACCCGGAAGCCAGUAUCAGUAUCAUGAAGCUCACGAACCUGGAGAUUCCUCGUCCAAUUGCCUUUGACGAUGACUCGAUGGAAGUCGAAACUAUCUUCAGUCUUUCUUCAGUCAACAUAUCUGAUGUGGCUGGCACAGCCGAAUGGACCGUUUACUCAAUUGACAAUGCUGGAAAUAUCAACCUGAACGCUAAAGGAGAGGCGCUCGUCCAACUGGCCGCUCAACAUCCUGAUACACUUCCGUUCGUCAAGUCGGACGCGUAUGAUCUGAUACCAGUGGAUUCUGAGCUGUUCUACGCCAACCUCACCCGCGUGGGGUAUAAUUACUCGGCUCCCUUCCGUGGUCUUUCAAAUAUCCGCCGCAAGCCCGGAUACAGUGUUGGCACAUUGUCUGAUCAAUCUGAACCCGAGGAUGGCAGUCUCAUCCUUCAUCCUGGUCUUCUUGACUCCGCCCUGCAGACAGUCUUCGCCGCCUGGUCGUAUCCCGGUGAUACUCAACUGUGGUCUCUACAUGUCCCAGUGUCAAUUGCAAGCAUCACCAUCAAUCCCUAUUUCACACCGAUCGGAGAUGGUGGGAAACAAACCACCAUAUGUUACGAGUCUUUCCUUCGCACCAACACUGCUUCAAAGGUUGUGGGCGAUGUUCAUCUCCACACGGAAGAUUCGACGCAUGCUUUCGUUCAGUUUGAAGGGGCCACGCUUGUGCGAUUUGCCCCAGCUACUUCGAAGAAUGAUCUUCCCAUGUUUUCGCGGUUUGAAUACCCUGUUGCUUUCCCAGAUGGACAGCUAGCUGCAUCUGGCGAAACGUUGCUUGACUCUGAGGUGCAACUCUACAAGGACGUGGACAGAAUCUCGUACUGGUUCUUGCGCCAUGCCUCGCUUUCCAUUCCCUAUGAGGAACGCGAGGCCCUUUUGCCCCAUUACCAACGAUACCUGGCCUGGUGCGACCGCAUGGUUGCCAUGGUCAGCCGAGGUGCUCAUCACAAGGUACCCUCGUCCUGCAAUGGAGACACACGUGAGGCUAUAGGUGAGAUACUAUCUCGAUAUGAAGACCGCAAAGAUGUCCGAUUUGUUCAGGUCGUGGGUGACAAUCUGGUCUCCACUAUUCGUCAAGGCAACUCCAUGCUCGAGCACAUGAACCAGGAUGGUCUCCUCCGCGCGUUCUACGAGGAAGGGGCCAUUUGCUCCGGUCCUACGGGUCGCUGGCUGGCGCGUGUUAUUGCCCAGAUCUCCAAGCGUCAUCCCGGCCUGAAUAUCUUUGAGGUAGGCGCCGGGACGGGUGCCACCACUUCUGCGGUACUCGACUCUCUCGAGGGGAAUUAUGCAUCUUAUACCUUCACUGAUAUUUCGAGUGCUUUCUUCAUGGCAGCUGAAGAACGCUUUGGUCAAGAAUCCCGUCGCAUGGCAUUCAAAACCUUCAACAUGGAGGAAGAGCCAACUAGACAAGGGUUUGUGGAAGGCACCUAUGACGUCGUGGUGGCAGUCAAUGUGUUGCACGUUUCCGUGGAUAUUGAAAAGUCCCUAUCAAAUGUGCGGCAAUUGCUCAAGCCUGGUGGCUUCCUUGUAGUUGCUGAGCUCACUUCGACCGAUUUACUAUUCAGUGGAAUGACAGUUGGCACAUUGCCCGGUUGGUGGAUCGGAGCUGAGACUGGCCGUCCCUGGGGCCCGUUGUUCACUCUGGGCCAGUGGGAUAAUGUCUUGAAGAACUCUGGAUUUGCGGGAAUAGAUACUACAUCCCCGGAUAUCAGCGCGUCUCUUCCAAUGAGCGUAUUCCUCGCUCAAGCCACCGACGAUCGAGUUGCACUGCUGCGCAAUCCCCUCUCUGUGAAGGCGCAUCCUGCUGGCAUCCGAACCGAUGCGCUAGCCAUUAUCGGAGGAAAAACCUGGCCAGUCUAUAAGCUCAGCCAAGAGAUUUCCGAUACCAUGGAAAAGCGCUUUCACAGAAAAGAGACCUUCAAUACCGUGGAAGAAUUUGCUGCGUCUGAGAUGGCUAAGGUUGCAGCUUCAUCUGGAGGAGUUACCAUUCUUUCUCUUACGGAUCUUGAUCGACCGUAUCUGGAGGACCUAACUCCCGGGAAAUUCGAGGCUCUCAAGACCUGUGCUACUGCUGGUGUCUUGAUCUGGGUUACUUGUGGCUCACGCGAAGAACAGCCAUAUAGCUCCAUGAUGACAGGAAUUUCUCGUACAAUCAGAACAGAAAAUCCGGGCUUGCACAUUCUUACAUUCGACCUUGAUCCUGCCGUGCAAAAUGGUAUACAACCGAACAGUGCCACGGAGCUGUCUGUGGCGAUACUGCGACAAUUGGCACUUACACACUGGGGUACCGACUCGUUACUGUGGACUCUGGAGCCUGAUAUCUUUGUGCGCCAUGGACGACAGCUGAUCACUCGGGUACUUCCUGACAAACAAAAGAACGAGAGAUACAACUCUCAGCGGCGCACUGUUAUCUCCCAUGCCAAUCCAGCAAGAGAUACCGUCCAGUUGGUUGGCACCGGUCGUGGCGAUGAGCGAGCCCUGGAAAUUCGCCAGGUCUCGCCAUUGGCCUUGACGAUCCCACCAGCGACCGAAUAUCGCACCGUCCAUGUUACUCUUUCUCUUCUGCAAAGUGUGGCGAUUGGAGUUUCCCAAUUCUCUCGUCUUGUCUCUGGCAUUGAUGUCGUUACCAAAGAGCACGUGCUAGGUUUGACAAAUUCAAGCGAGUCCAUCACCACCGUGGCUCUUGAACAAUGCAUUACGGUUACGACGGCACCAACACCUUCGCAGAUUAUCUCUGUCGGAGCUAGUCUUGUGGCGCAUAACAUAAUUUCCUUGGCCCGGGAUUGCAGCACUCUUUUGGUCAACGAGCCCGAUGCUGUUGUGAAAUCAGCACUUCGAGCGAUAGCCUGGGACAGCAAGAUCAAUGUUAUUUUCACUACGUCGGAUCCAUCUCAGACGCCAAAUAGGGAUUCCAUUUUCCUCCAUCCUCGCUACCCUCGGCACCUCAUCCAGUCCAUGCUCCCAGAGUGCUCUAUAUUCGUCCACUUCUCUCGAGGUAGAACUUCUGACGCAGUUCGAGAUGCCAUCGUGCAGACUCUGAGUCCGGAAUGUCUGCAAGUGAGUGAAGAAAUAUUACUCAGCCACAAAGUCAACGCAGUAAAUGGCUUCAAAAGUCUCACAAAUUUGCUGCAAAGAUUUUUCGAGGAAGCUCCACUCGAUGAGCCCAAUGUAAACUGCAUCGAUUUGAGCGUUAUCACAGAUCACAAGGCCAUCGGUGAGCCUCUUGCUGCCAUUGACUGGACAAGGUCCGACUCCGUACCUGUCAAGGUACAAUCCAUUGAUUCAGCACCCUUGUUCCGCGGUGAUAGCUCGUAUCUAUUCGUCGGCAUGGCAGGUGAGCUGGGGCAGUCUCUCGCAGGAUGGAUGAUUGCCCAUGGAGCCCGUUUCAUUGUCCUCACGAGCCGCAGCCCCAAAGUGAACCCCCUAUUCGUGGAAGAGAUGAGCGCUCGAUACGGCGCAGUCGUGAAAGCGGUUUCACUGGAUAUCACCUCGCCGGAGUCUCUUCGAUCGGUCCACGCUUCUAUGACUGCGGCAUUGCCACCCAUUGCCGGUGUUGUCAACGGUGCCAUGAUCCUGGAUGAUGAACUCUUUGCAAACAUGACCCACGAACAGUUCAUUCGCGUCACAAAUCCCAAGGUACUUGGUACAUGCCUUCUCGAUGAAGCCUUCCAUGACACCGAACUCGACUUCUUCGUCGUCGCUUCUAGUAUUGCAUCUGUGAUAGGAUGGAGUGGACAGAGCAACUACUCCGCGGCCAACGAAUUCAUGACGUCUUUGGUAAACAAGAGACGCAAGCGCGGCGUUGCCGGCUCUGCAAUGAAUAUUCCCGCUGUCCUCGGCGUAGGCUAUGCCGCACACUCCGACACUUUCGACUUCGAUUAUUUCCAAUCCUUGGGAUACAUCAACAUCAGCGAGCAAGAUCUUCACAUCCUUUUCGCGGAAGCAAUCCUCUCCGGACGCCCUGACUCAAACAACACCGAGCCCCAAGUUGCCAUGGGCAUCAACUACAUCGCGCCAGAUCUCUAUGUCAAAGAAUCCCACCGCCGCGAUGCAAAAUUCAGUCACUUUAUUGCCCGCGAAGAGGCAGGGUCAGAGGUGCGGGCCGUCGAAACGAGCGUCCGAGUCCGUGUCCAGCUCCAAACAGCCCCGAACGCAGACGCAGCGUAUGCUAUCAUCCGCGACGCUUUCAUGGCGCAUCUCAAGCGCAUGCUUCGCAUGACGGAAGACCAGAAGUUCGAUGAGUCAGUCGCACUUGUCGAGCAGGGCGUUGACUCUCUCGUCGCGGUCGAUAUUCGCGCCUGGUUCCUGAAGGAGUUGGAAGCUGAUGUUCCCACGCUUAAGGUUAUGGGCGGUGGAUCCGUUUCUGUCUUGGUUAAGACGGCUCUUGCGAAGAUGCCUGCUCAAGAGGACGUUGGCGCGCUUGAAGUGGUUGCACCGGCUAAGGCUGAGCCUCCGCUUUCUUCGAUCAAGUCUAAUACGGUCGUGUCUAGACCUGCUCCUGAUCAGGCGACUGUUAUUUCUGCUGCGGUGUCAACUGGGAGUCCGGUCUUUACCCUGGCUCAAACUACUACUACCCCUUCAAUGUCGGAUGGUGAGUCGCGUAGUACGCCGUCUCCUUCGAGGGACGACUUUGGCAAGUCUGAUAUCAAUAUUGUUAUUGAUGAGUUAAAUAUCUCCUUAGAAGAAGGGGAGGCGGAAUCUGUUGCUAUUUAG